CCGCCUUCACGUGUAAUUUGUAAAUUGAAAGUCAAUGAACUGAUUUAUUUUUUUAAACUAGAUCUAUAAAUUGAACAUUUUCACAUCGUUUUGAUGGGGUUCGCCCAAGUAUGUAAACGUGUACUGCUCGAUGGUUGCUCGGGUUGUAAAAAUAAGUAUGACGUUGCAGAAAAUGUCGCUAAUUUUAGAGCGUUACAAUAACGACAAAUGAUUAAUUACGCGUAAUCUCUUCAGACGAUUCAAAAUCAAUUUGUAUUUAUUUGUCAUUAAUUGCUACGUUUUUUUUGUUUUGUUUUUCUGCUAUGGUUAAGUUUUGACCCAAAAAAAUAUAAAAUAUUUCUGUUGACGCUUUCACGUGAAGGCAGCAAGCCUGCGAGCAGGUAGAGUGACAAUGAGAUCCCACGGGAGCGACAGAGAGUCCGGGAGGUAAACUUUUGAGACGGUGUCAUAGCUGUGCGCUCUGUCCCAGGACCCUAACCACGCGCAGUGGGGACUACAUGGAGGCUGGACUACUACUCCUUCACGCGUUUCGGGGUGUUUUUCCCCGGUUUACUCGCCUGUAAUUCUGAUGAGCGAUUCAUUUCCCCCCCUGCGUGCUCUCAGGAGGGUCGGUUCUCAUUUCUCAAUAUGCCGCGGAGGCUCUCUGAAGUCGGGGCUGCCUCCUUCUCGUUUAAUUGAGGAGCGACUGCAGGACGUCAGUGAGCGGCAGGUUAGGGUUUAGAAGCCGCUUCGGCGUUUCAAUCAGUUUAGUUACAAAGUUCUGAGCUCCGCGAGAAAACUGUCCGUUUGUUCCGGUUAAUAAUUAGAUAGAGCCGAGAGAGCGCAGACGAGCAGCUCCUUCGAGGAUUUACUUCUUUUUUUUCCUUUUCUUUUUUCUCUUUUUUUCCUUUUUUUUUUUUCUCUUUUUUUUUUUUUUUUUUUUUUUUUUUUGCUUCCCCGGCCGCGAAGCACAUUGCACAACUUUUCGGCGUCGGGUUUUAUCCGCCAGCAUGGCUCCCAGCUCUCCGGCGGCAACCUGUGUCCCAGCCUUUGAAGUUCAAGCCGUGACUCUCGAGCGUUUUCCGUGGAUUUAUCCAGAAAAUGCGGCGCCCACGGGACGGGCUCGCGUCUUCUGACACUUUUCCACCCAGCUCGCGGUCGCUCGCACGAUGUGACCGAAAGACGCGGCGGAAUUACGUCCUACUGCAACAUAAAGCGCAAGUCGGAUACAUGACCGGGAUUUGAGCCAAGUGGAGACCGGGGGCUCGGGGGGAGGGAGGGGGUAACUAACGCCAGCUCAUCUCUGAGGAAAACAACCUGCGAGCGAGGAGAGCUGAGGGUUUGUGAUGCGGAGCGGCGUUUUUUUUUUUUUUUUUUUUUUUUUGAGAGGGAGAAAUCAGUGCACCAUUCAGGUUCCUUCAUGCUGCAUUGGAGUUUCCACCUUUCCACUUUAAUAAACACUGGACGCAGGUUCAUUUAAGGCCUGCUUACGUUCUCUCCCGUAACCUGCAGUGUUUCAUGUGUGUGUGUAUUUUAACCCAGAUGCUGAAUGGAAGUUUAUGGAAUUCUGAUGGAAGCCCUUCAUCACUAACAGUUUGGAUUAUAGCUCAUUUCUUCAGCAGGUAGUUUACUGAGGUAGAAAUAAAUAAACUAAGAAGAAGAAGAAGUGGGACCUGUUCGUGUUGAUAUUUCUGACAAAGUCCAACGAUGUGCGGCCGGGCACCGCCGCGCCAGCCGAGGCCAUGACCGUCCCUCUGCGGCGCCUCGCCGGGCUCUGGCCGUGGCUGCUCAUGGCGGCCCUGCAGGUGGUGCUGGGCCAGCCGAGCAUGGAGUCGGAACUCCGAGCUGUCAUCAACGUGACUCUGGUGAAGGAUCCCACGGGGAAGCCCAUCGUUCUGAAAGGGGAGUUCGUGGGAGGAAGUGCGGGCAACGCGCAAGGGAAGCUGAAGCAGUAUCACCCGGUGUCUCUGUGCAACACAAGCGAGGAUGAACGACAAGACAGCGGCUUCAUCACCAUCGUCAAGCUGGAGCAAUUAGGUCCCCACUGCUCGCCGCUGCUGGAUAAGGCUCGCAUAGCGUUGGACAGGGGCGCCCAAGCUGUUAUCUUCGACGUCAGCGACGUUGCCAUCGCAGAUGCCGAGCUGAAGAACACGGACUCCCUGCCCCAUCCAGUGGUGCUGAUUAAGGGAGUGGAUGCUAAGAAGCUGAUGAAUCUGGUCAACCACAAUGAGGAGGCCACAGUUGUUAUUGAGGCCAAGGUGGAGCCCAAAUGGCCGCAUUAUGAUGUGAGCAUCCUGCUUACCAUCGUCCUGGUUAUCCUCACCAUCAUUCUGAUCUUUGCUUUCCGCUACAAGUGCAAGUCCAACAGAACUUGGGACUCCGUCCAUCAGCAGACAGUGCAGGCCAUCAGUCGGCUGGAGACCAGAAUCUACCGCUCCCAGAGCUGCUCCGGCUCACAGCGCCACCAUGGGGCCUGGGGCUCGGCCAGCAGCUCUAACUCGAGCCCCGUCUGCGCCAUCUGCCUGGAGGAGUUUCAGGACGGCCAGAAUCUGAGGAUCAUCUCUUGCGCUCAUGAGUUCCACAGAGACUGUGUGGAUCCCUGGCUGAUGCAGCACCGCACCUGUCCUCUCUGCAUGCACAACAUCAUGGGAACGGAGCGUCAGCCUCAGAGAAACAGAAACCAGCAGAGUUCGGAGCAGAGCCAGAGCUUCCUGCACCCGCAGCAGUACAGCAACCCUCACAGCCACCCGUUCCCCCAGCACGCCAUCCCCUUCUCCAUGAGGCCCCACUACCCCCGCGGGCCUUCUGGACCCUACCCCAACCUGGGCCACUACAGCGGCUCGUCUCCUAUGGACGCUCAGACCCUCCAUUUCCUCAGCAGUCGGCAGCUAGGCGCCAGCUGCGGGUUCCACCUCCCAGUGGACGUUCCGGGGCGACCCCACAGGCUCGGAGCCGGCUGCCGGACCUCCGCCCAUCACUACGCGUCGCGGCGCUCCUGCCACACCUACCGCUCCUCCUGUCAGGCCCAGCGGAACGCAUCCGGCUCCAGGCUGCAGCACGGCUCCUCGGUAGCGGCGCAGAGCCGGGGGGUGGCGGGCAAUGGCCGGCAGGACGAUGGGAGUUGCUCUGGAGGCAGCUACCACACGGAGCGCAGCGGGUACCUGGCGGACGGGCCGGCCAGUGACUCCAGCUCGGGACCCUGGCACGGCUCCUCCAGUGACUCUGUCCUCAACUGCACGGACGUGUCCCUGCAGGGCGUUUAUGGCAGCUGGUCCACAUUCCGCAGCUCUCUGAGCAGCGACUAUGAUCCGUUCGGGUACUUCGGGGCAGGUCCGGCAGCCGGAGUGGGGAGUGGGCACGCCCCACGCAGGAACAGUCUGGAGGCCGCGGCUCAGAACCGGCCCAAGUCUCUGGAUUCUGUUGUGAACAAAGCAGGCUGCCUGGAGGAGCAGCCGCAGACUGUUUUCAGCCACAUCCACUACCACCGGCACAGACAUCACCACUACGAGGAGGGGGAGCACGGCCAGGGGCCGAGCAGGGGCUCAGAUGAGGAGCAGGGGGCCGCCCCCUCCGUUCCGGGUCAGGACAAAGACUCCCCGGCGUGCCCCCCAAAACACAGCCCCUGCCACUGCCCAAAGCCAGAGCCCACCGAUCGACCCAGCCCAGGGACAGAGCGGCAGGAGCUCGACCAAACGGGACCGCCGGUCAUUGUUCCCCCGAUCCCCCUGCAGCUGCAGUCCCGCUGCUGCCACCAGGGCCACGGACACCCCCCCGCCCCUCGAGUGGGGGGCUGUCUACUUGAUGGACCCUCCGUUCACUUUCACCAGAGCCUGGACCUCCAGGACGACCGCAGCAUCCACAUUCAUUACGGCCAGAGCCCGGCCUACUGCUGCCCGCCGCCAGAGCUGCACCCGGCCCUGCUCCCCGUGCCCCUCAUCUUGGACUCGGCGGGGAUAGAGGAGUGGCCGUGCUGCGGGGGGGCUCACGUUGUGUGGCAGAGACAGGUGCAGCAGGCUCACUCAGAGCCUCAGCUUAUGGGGCCCGGGACCUCAAUGGACAGGCCCCCCUGCAGGUUCCACCAGGGGUCCUCUGCUGAGCGCAACACGGACAUUUGUUUAUACUGCCAAUCUAUAAAACAUAAUCAGGGAUCAGAAGAGGAGUCUGGGGUGUGAGAAACUGUCUCGUCCCCACUGCUGCCCAGGAGCCAGAACGGAAAAAGUCCUUACAAAAAUCCCACCAGUCACGCCUUCACUCAAGCAAAAGUCCCAGCUGCCUUAGGAGAAUUCCCAUCCUCAGAUAGUGAAAUGAUCUUCAUUUUGUUAAAAAAAAUAAAAAAACUAGAAUAUUUGAUAUAAUAUAUAUACUUAAUGAUUUGAAUGUGCGAAGAUAGGAUAGGGUGUUGCAGGGGAAACGACUCUCCUGGUCAGACGCAGGAGGAUUGUUCACAUGGUCGCAGUUUCCCAAGCUCCUCAGCAACCGCCACCCAACGAAUGGUCCUGCUUUGGGCGUCGAGCCCGCAUGAAGUGAGACUUCGUCUCUGCAUCACGUCCUCUUUAUUUUUAUUUUUUUAAUACAAAGUAACUUGAUUUCUCGUAGAGGUACUUCCCUUUCUCUGCCUUCCUUCGCUGAGUCCGCUCUCAGCUGAGAAAUGCUUUUCUCUCCAGCCUACCUCAGCUCAGAUUUUCUUAACACGCCUCACACAAAGAGAGAGAGAGGGGAGUGGGGGGAUGGAGGGGAGGUUUUUAAAGGUACUGCUGUAGUGUUUUGUUUUAAAUUCCUAUGUAGCUUCCACAAACUCAACAGGUAGUAGUUCCCUCUCUCGGCAGUCCGGAUUGUUCAAACGGAGAGAGGAAGUUUUUCGAUGCUCAGCCCCCCUCAAAACGACGAGCAUCCUCUGAGGUCGCUCAGCCUCGUUUUCAUUGUUUCAGUAAUGGCAGCUGUUUCUUUUCUUUUUUUCUUUUGUUCUUCUCUUUUCUGUUUUUGAUGUUGUUUGCAAGGUUUUUAGUUCUUCAAAACCAGCCGGUUUGACUGAAUUAUGUGAUGGUCAUUACAAGCUAUUAUCAUGUCUUUUUUUUUUUUUUUUGUCAUUUCUCUUGCUAGUGGUUGUUUCAGUGCUGGUGAGCCCCUCAGACGGAGGCUUCGUCAGGAGGAUGGCGAUCACAUCUUUGGUUUUAUUUUUAACUCACCUUGACGUCAUGCUGUUUGCUGCGAAGGUUACGCUUUCCCCUCGUCUUCCACAACCUGUGAAACAAAACGUAAUUGCUUUGUAGCACAACUGGAGUAAAGUCAUGUAACAGUACCUUGCAAAAUGUUCGCCUGGUGGAAUCUGUUCACUUUUCACGUGGUGCAACCUCAAACUUCAGUGGAUUUUAUUGGGUGAGGGGAAAAGAGCACGUGUUCGGCCUUGUUCUCUCUAACUGUGUUUCCGUUGACCAUAUAAUGGCAAAAUUUGGCAUUUCUAAGACAAAUUUGCUUAAUGGAAACACGGCAAUUUCGAAAAAACAUUUUGCUGCUAGGAUGAGGAGGUUUUUGGCCGUAUCGAAAUUGGUUUAUUUCGCAAUGGAAACAUUGUGGUUUUGACACGUAAAAAAAAAAAAAAAAAAACAUCGACAUAUCACACAGUGUCGCACAAUCAGAAACUGGAUCAAUAUCCGGUCGUUGAUCAGAUAAUGCAAACAUUAAGAAGAUGACGAGAGGAGUUAGCAGCAGGAGGACGCGGCAUGUUUUCUAUUGACUCAUCACGUGAGCAGAAUUCUUCAUCUGUGAUUUUAAUUCCCUUUCUUAUUUCAUAGAAACACAGCAAUCACAAACGUAUCUAUUUUUCGACAUUAGCAGAAUAUCGACAAAUUUGACUUUGUAAUGGAAACGCAGAAAUCUGGUGCUAAUAACUGGCUUCCAAAGUCGGCUAGUAAAAUUCUGAUUCAAAAAUCAUAUAUCAUCCAUUGAGGCAUUCAUGGAUGAGUGGCCAGAAGGCCAUCAGAAGUCCUGCCGUUUAGGGAACAAACAUGUGAGCGAAAAUGCACACAUAGGACGAAAAUUGGAACACAGUGGUGGCAGCGUCAUGCUGCGGCAGCAUUUUGUUUUUGAUGGGAAAAAUUUCAAACUUCAGUUGACUAAAUGUGAUUGGCAUAUACAAUAAAAGACUCAAAGCUGUUGCCUCAGAGCUUAGAGGAGCUGAAUAUUAAAUGCAUGCCACACCAUUAAGAUCUCCGUUUGUAAAAAGAUAAAAGAAUGGAAAAAAAAGUUGAAAUACACUGAAGUUUGCUGUAAUGUGGGGAUGAGUACUUCUGCACGGUACUGUACUUUAAUCAGUUAGUCUGAUUCUGUGCUGUGGCACCACUUCUACUAGAGCUUGAUGUCGGUACAGGAGGAAACGCUUGGCAUUUGAAAAGAAAAUGCACCUUGAACUCGGCAACACUUUCAAUUCAAGAAAUAUGAACUGUCAACGUGUUGUUGUUUUUUUUGUUUCUGUAAGUGUAAAACCGCUUUAAACAAUUGCAAUUGAGGUAGUUGUUACCACUUACUCCGAUUUUUUGACCAGUGGAGGGGGGGAGGGAGUGCGUUGCUAAAAUACUAAACCGUAAAGGAGAAAGUUGGUCUCGCUUCAACAUUUGAAUCUGGACUUUCUACUUAACUCCAGCAGAAAUAAGCUGAGAUCAAACCAAUAAUAAAGGCUUAGUGAGUGUACUUUUACUUUUAUAAUGAAAAGUAAAAGUGUUUUUACUUUUAUUUACUUUUUUGUAACUUUUGGGCAGACCAGCUGCGGCUGAAUAAGAACUUGUGGAAACUGCAGCACUUACAAAAACCCUCACGUGUGCCUUGUUGAGUCAGACUAAAAUCAGGAAGCUCCCGACGACGACAACAGCUCUUACCUGCCUAACCAAAGAGGCAAAAAAAAAAAUUUUUUUAAUCUUGAACUCAGUGAACCCUGCUGAUAUGCGUAGUGCCUUCUCGUUUCCUCGCCCUUCCUUUGCGUUUCUUCGAGCGCCCGACGAGAGCACAUGUUCAGAUAGACGUGGUAAUAAUUUUGGGCAAUCAUGCAGAAUCUAUCACCUCUAGUCCUUACAAAUACCUCACUUUGAAUGUGCCUUUAGCUUAAUGUAUGGGAGGGGGUGACGUUUGCUUUUUUUUUUUUAAUGUUCCCAAACAGUCCCACGGACUGACAUGGAAAUGACUGAAUUGUAAUAAGCACUUUGGCCUUAAGAUUUUAUACCGAAAUGAGUUUAAAUUCCUAGUAUUAGUGCAAGCCAGCCCACAACCAUCAGCAUGUGAAGAGUAGCAUUUACCACAGAACAUCUGGCACGAUUUCAUCCUCGUUCAAGAUUUUUCUCUUUGUGUUGUUAAUGUGUUUUUGUUUUGUAUUUGUUUUUUUUUUGUUGCAAGAAUUAGGAGCUGAAACUGCCUUUUGUAAUAGUCAAGAGAAAAAGAAAGAAAAAGCGGUCCCUCUAGAACGUUAAGGGAUAAUGUCAGUAUAUUUUGGAUACUUUGUGUACAAAAGAGAACAACAAAACCCAGAAACAAGAUAGUGUUGUAUUUUAUAUAUAUAAUAGAACAUUUCAAUAUAGUGACAUGUCACUAAUAUAUUUAUUUACUAAUAUAUUUAUCCAUUUUUGUCCAGGUUUGAAAAGAUUUCUGUAUAGAGUGAAUGUUUCUGUAUAGAAACUGACUGGUGCCAUCGCAAAUAUAUCAACCUGUCUUCAUUCCAAUUAUAUG